UAUAGGAAUAUUUACUUCUAAAUAGAAAGUAGUGAUGUUGUAAAAUCAGGAUUUUUGAUGAGAAUAGCAUCUGAUAAUUGGGAAAAACAUUUAAAGUGUUAAAUAAUUUUCUGGCAAAUCGUUUGUUCCAGUAAAAGGAGAAAACAAAAGUCAAAUAACUAUGAAAACCGCAAAAAGUUCUAAAAUCAAUAAAGCUUGUGGCAAACCCUUAAAGUGUAUAUAUUUAUUAGAGUAGAUUACUUUACUAAUGACAUUUAAUUACUGUGUAUGCGCCUCACUUAAAGAUUUUAAUUGAUUACCCACGUAAAUAGUAAUGCUGUUUAAAAUCAGUUGCAAUGGUUAAAUUACGUCAUGUGUUAACCAACGCGGAAUUGAAUACAAAUUCUUGAAGCCACACACUGUCAGCUACCAGAAUUAAAUACUCUAUCUAACAGAUUCCUUCUAAACUUGCGGACGUUUCGAGCAGGCUUCAUUCUAUUAAAAUCUAUUUUAGUCACGGAGCAUGGCAUUUUGGCAACGUAUUUUUGUAUUUAGUGGUUUCAAGUAACAGUAAAAAUUGAGCACGUGGACUUAUCUGUUAAAUAUUCUGCAACUUACACAAGACAAGUAAAAAAUUUGUAAUAAUAAUGGGACGGAGAAAACAAAAAGAUUUAAGAAAUGGAAUUAACAGUGCAUCAAUAAAAUCGUCAGAAGAAUCGAAAUUGACGACAUUAGUGGAUAAUCUUCUUAGAGUGACCACAGCACCGAUACAACCGAAUGUAAACAAAGCACUUGAUCUGCAAAUUCAAAUAGCAGAAAUUGUUAAAGAAAUACAAGCACUUGAGAACUCCAGAGACAAGAUUACUUCUCCGAGCUUCCGAAGCGAUGGCGCUACGAUCCAUCAAUUCUUAAAUUGGCUGAAUGAAAAUGGCGCUGAAUUUGAAGGGAUCGAAAUAGCUAAUUUUCCGGGUUACGAGUUGGGUCUUCAAGCUAAGAAGGAUUUGAACGAAUCUUCUCUCAUAAUAUCAGUUCCUCGCAAAAUAAUGCUUACUACAGAAUCAGUAAGUGGAACUCCUUUGGGAAGUAUCAUACAAAAGGAUGCCCUCUUGAAUAAUAUGUCUAACGUUGCUUUAACGUUAGUUUUAUUGUUUGAAAAGUUUAAAGAUGACUCAUUUUGGAAGCCUUACAUUGAUGUUUUACCAGUUAAUUAUUCAACAGUCUUAUAUUUUACAUACGACGAAUUAAAAGAACUCAAAGGGUCUUCAGUCCUGGAAACUGCUCUGAAACAAAUAAGAAACAUAUGCAGGCAGUAUGCUUAUUUACACAAGAUGAUAUGGACUUCGGAAAAUCCUUCGUGCAAACUGCUGAAGAAAUAUUUUACUUUUAAUCAAUACAGAUGGGCUGCAUCCACAGUGAUGACUCGCCAAAAUACUGUACCUUCUGAAGACGGAAAUUAUCUUAGUGCUCUUAUCCCACUGUGGGAUUUAUGUAAUCAUAUGAACGGAAGUAUAACGACAGAUUACAAUCCAGAACUUCGACGUAGCGAGUGUUUCGCUCUUAAAGAUUUUAAGCAAAAUGACCAAAUAUUCAUUUUUUAUGGGGCCCGAAAUAAUGCCGAUCUUUUUAUUCAUAAUGGAUUCGUUUACGAAGAUAACAUUCAUGAUGGUUAUUGGUUAAAACUUGGAAUCAGUAAAAAUGAUCCUUUACGCGGAAAGCGUAUUCAGUUGUUAGAAAAACUAUCAAUCAACACAUUUGAUUUUUUGAUUCGGAAAGGUCCCGAACCGAUUGACGGCGAUUUGUUAGCUUUUUUGAGAGUUUUUAGUAUGGAUAAUGAUACUUUAGAGAAUUAUCUGAAGGUUGAUGGUAAAGUUGACAGUCUUAAACUCCGAGAAUGCAAAUUCGAUAGCAAUUUGCAGACUAAAUGUUGGGAGUUCUUGCAAACGCGUUUAAAGUUGCUUUUAUCUGCUUACAAAUACUCUUCAGAUGAAAAUACUCAAUUAGUUAAUGGUACUCAAAUGUCAGAAAAUAUGCAGCUAAGCAUCAGGAUGAGAGAAAUCGAGAAACAUCUCCUCCGUAAUGUGCUGACUUAUGUGGAACAACAACUGUAACGAUAGCUCUCUCUUUCCCUCUCUUGCACUCGCUCUCUAUUUUUAUUAAUCGUUCAUUGAUAUUAAACCACUUUGUGUGCCAAAUUUUAUUUAUUUCAUUUAAUAUUAACGGCAUUGAAUUUCCAUUUAAGUUAUUUAAUUUAUAAUAACUGUUUACUACAAUCCCAAUUUGUGAUUUGUUUAACUAAUAAAAAUAAAAAUUGAUA